CUCACCACCACCACUCCUUCGCAACCAUCUACGGAGACCCACAAGCAUGACUGUCAUGCCGCAGGCCGACACAGGCGCAGCCUCUUCGUCGCUGCUGGGGCUGCCCCACGAGCUCAUCAUCGACAUCCUCUCCAGACUCGACCCCCGCGAUGUGUCGGCGUUGGGCAGGACAUGCUCUCACCUCAACCACCUCAUAGAGACUUCCUCUGGCCUCUGGCGGAACCUCUACCUAUCCCGAUGGGACCUCUCUCAUGAUCUCGAUCCCCUUCCAAUCGCCUCGUCCAGCAAGGGAAAGGAGACACAAGGAAGUGCUUUGCCCUCUAUGCAAGAGCUGGUCAAGCAGAGGCGCAAGGCUAGGAGCGAUCUUCGCAGGGGAACAACCAGUCUACAUAGCAUGCUACUGGACCAUUCAACGACGCUGCCCACACUCAUAGCCGCACUGCGGAGUCGCAGCCGGCGUCAGACUAGCAAGACGAAUCCCAAUGGCGACUCGCCGUCCAGCCAGACCGCUGCAACCUUUGCUUCUAUGUUUCCUUCCAAUAUCGAGGGCGAUUUGAGGUGGGCCACCUUUGUCUACCCUCGCGAAGAUGUGCUUAACCUUCACGACUGGCAGCAUGCUGUCAAGCAGGAAGAGGCGAACCCAAUCGAAAACAAGCGUAGCUCGAAGGGGUAUGGGGCCAAAAGCAAUAGCUCGAAUGUCGCCGAAUCAUCGCCGUCAUCAUCGAAGAAGCCUACAGCAUCCAAGACAGACCAGCGAACUCGGCGCUCCUCACGCAUCCGCAGAGCAAAAGUCCCUUCUUCCCUGUGGGGCUUCCUCAAGAACCCAACGGAGGACAGUAAUGAUGACUUUUCGUUGACCAAAGUAUCCUUCGAUGAGCAGCUCGCAGCAGAGCUCCACUGCUUGUACGGAGUGAGGAGGAUGGACCCACCCUUGAUCUCAGAUAGGCAAGGCAGAGUCUGGAGAAGAGACCAUGACCGUCUCGCUCCAAAGAAGCGUAGGCGAGGCUCAAGAGCUGGAGAAAAGGGGCGAAAGGCUGAGGAGGACGAGGAGAUGCGCUACGAAUCGGUUGAGCCUGAGUAUGCAGGCGAAUCUGCACAGGCGCUCCCAGCUCCUUCCAGACCCUUGCGAGGUGAUGCAGGGGAAGAUGUGGACAUGCACUUCGUCAACGGUGCAAAUGCGAAUGACGAUGACAAUAAUGAUGGCAACGGCUUCCUCGACGGCUCCGGAGAGGAAGACACCGAUGAAUUUGAUCUGUGUCAGUGGGCUCGACUGGGCUCCCGAAACGGAGUUGCGGGCUACCGUGACCUUCGCAGUCGUGCCAAGGAGAAGAUCUACGAUGUGGGACGAUACUCGUACGAGAAUGCCUACGGACCUUUUUUGCCCUUCAGAGCUACCGAUGCUCCUUUGAGUCGCCGCCAUGGGGUGACACCGGAAGGUUUCCCGAUGCAUCUCGCAGAACGUCUGCCUUUGUUCGCAGCAGUCGACAUGGACGAUAGCGGCGAGGCACACCUGUCUGACGAUGACGACAGCAUUGGGUCGGGCCCAGGUCCAGAUGAUCCAGUGGUGGAGAUUGAAGAAGACGAAGUCGAGGACCUUCGCCGAGAUCGGGAGGAGGCGGGGGAUGCUUCCCCUGUAACCUCGACGGGCUGGGCCAGUCCUCGCGUCAUCGAUAUCGACGAGAUUGUGGAAGAAGGCGACGAAGAAGAGGAGGACGAGGAUGACGACGACGACAGUUCUCAGGGCUUCCCCUUCUUCGACGACAACAGUCGAGCAGACAGAUUCGCCCAGAUGGUGCAAGAAGUCGCAGCCUAUUCUGGGUCAAAAGUGCGCAACACAGUGGAGCGCAUCCGUCGACUAGAAGCAGGCGAAGACCCCGACAAGCCGAACCCCCGGCCUGUCUGGCAGUCUCAGCCUCGCAAACGAUCCUUGGUCUGGCAGAGGCAGCGGAGCAUCGACUGGGUCCUGCUCGAAGCCAUCAUGGUCGCUGUACACUGCAGUCUGACCAGCGCAAUUACGACGAUGUUCUGGGGCCGGGGCUUCAAGCUGCCCCGUGGUGCUAGAGGCGAUGCUGCCAAUGGAUACAGUGGUCGAGAUGCGUGCGUCCACCUCCGCUCACGACGUCUUAUCGAACCGCCGUGUGGUUGGCAUCUCUCUCGAGGAGAGGUGGAGCAGGCUAGAAACGCAGAGACAAAGAACAAAGCUACUCAGCCCACCGACGACGACGACAGUGGCAUCGUCCUCGAGGCCCAGCCUCGGCCUCAAUCUAGUGGCCUAGAGAAGCCCUAUGACUGGGCGCGAGCCGAGACUUCGACAUGGGUUGGCACCUACUUUUUCAGCGACUACCCGAUGUUCCUACGCUACAAUGCCUCUCUAGCUCAAGACCCCACCGCUCUGCAGAAUGGCGUCAGCCUUAUGCGUCACGAGGAAGCCGUAGGAGACUGUCUGCAGCUCCGUCUUGAGCUCAACCCGAUGGAGCGUCAGACCGCUCAAUUCGAAGAAGGUGAAGAGGAAGCCCUCUCCAACGGUCCCGAGGAUCCGGAAUUCCCCACGCUCCGCUUCACCGGCCAUACCCUCACGCACCACGAGGAGGAGCCACCGCAAUUGCGCGGUCGAGCACAUGGGUACGUCCGCCCCGUGUACGCCACCGAUGGAAAACUCACCCGCUUCCACGCUUCUUCGGGUCAGUGGCUCCCUGAGAUUGCCGGCGUGCACUGGAAGAUCACGCACGCCUACGAUGGGCAGGAUCGCUGGUCCCUUUCAGGUGCUCAGGCUGGUCCACCGGGAACCAGAGCACCCAUCUAUGGAAUCUGGAGCGAUGUUGAAGACGAAGAAGCCAGUCCCGUAGGACCUUUUUGCUAUAUGAAUGUGGAUAGUAGACCUUGGAGAGAGGUGGAGAGGUUGCUUAGGGAGGAAGAAGAGGGUGAAGAGAGGAGGAACAGGGUGAGGGAACGGAGAGGGUGAAAAGAUUCUCUGUGGUGGCGGGUCGAUGUCUCUGAGUGUAUCUGAAGGCGAGUCGAUGUCUCUUAUUGUACCUUUUGCGGCCUUGGCAUUAUACUAUACAUUCCUAGUGACGUUCCACAGUGAUGACGUUUGUUCUCUCAUCUAGUCG